ACUGGGACUGCGCACACCCACUGCGCACAACCUUCCCGCCACCCCGUGCGUUCAAAAUGGCUGCCGAGACUCGAUAGAUUCCGGGUUGCCUGUGAACAUUUUCUGUUUUUCACCUGUUGUAGACACCUAGAGGCACAUUUUUAGAGACAGUUUUCACCACCCAUUCCUGACAGCAUAAGAAGUCACCAUGGUGAACGUGAUGCCCAUCCUCAUGCUGGGCCUGGUCCUGGUCGGCCUGUUCGACAUCCUCUCCAACUACGAGACCAACAGGUGCGAGAUGACGUGGAUGUACGAGUAUCCCGAGUACCUCCCCGUCCCCCUGAGCGAAAACGUCACCAGAUCGUUCCCGCGGUACGGACUAUACCUGUACGGGGAGGGAGCUUACGCGAGGCAGUCAAAGAACUUCAAGCUGACUGGAGUUCCGGUGCUGUUCAUCCCUGGUAAUGCGGGCAGCCACAAGCAGGUCAGGUCGCUUGGCUCUGUCGCCCUGAAGAAAGCACAGCACCUCCGCACACCGUUCCACUUCAACUACUUCUCCGUCGAUCUGAACGAAGAAUUGACGGGGAUGUUUGGAGCCAUACUGUCGGAACAAACAGAGUUCGUUCACCGGUGUAUAUUGAAAGUCCUCACCAUGUACAAGAAGGUGGAUUCGCCACCUAAAAGCGUGAUACUAGUCGGACACUCUGUGGGAGGCAUCGUAGCUAGGGCUCUUUUUACCCUACCGGACUUUGAUCCCUCUAUGGUUAACACCAUCAUCACUCAAGCUACCCCCCACCAAAGCCCAGUCAUCAAUGCAGAUCAGUACAUGGCAGACUUUUACAACACCGUCAACCAGUUUUGGCAGGAUGGAAUGGGCAGCGGACGCCUCUCCCACGUUACGAUAGCCUCCACGGGAGGCGCUCACCGAGACUACCUUGUCCGCGCAGGGCUGACGUCUCUCAAAGGGAUCGUCCCAGAAUCCAAUGCCGUAAGCGCGGUGACGUCGGCAAUCCCGAAAGUGUGGCUAUCUACCGACCAUCUCGCAAUAGUGUGGUGCAAGCAGCUAGUCCUUGCCACCAAAAGAUCGCUUUUCGACAUCAUUGAUCCAAAGACGAGGCAGGUCACUACGGAUGUGAAACACAGGAUGCAAGUCUUUCGCCACCAUUUUCUCCACCACCCUGGAAGCAAGUCUUUCUCCCUAACAUCGGUACAGAGUGCCAUUCCACCUGGCGAUAAGUGGGUUGAGGUUACGGAUGAGGUUUGGGAAUUUUCCGAGACUAGAACCGAGGACGUGACAAACUACAUGUUCCCCAUUGACAAAGAGUUGGGUGGUAGGGAUACCUUUGUAGCAACUACCAAUAUUGUGGAAGAUAGUUGGGUGUACCUGUGUCAAGAAGAAGGGGGGAAAAGGUGUAAAGAGGGGCUUGAUAUGUCGUCUCGGGGUCAACUGAGCCCUCCUCUCUACUCAGGUCACAAAGUUGUACACCUGCAUCUAGACAGCUACAGGAGCUUCUCCCAUGUUGUUGUAUCUGUACCCAAGUCAUCGAAGCCAGUGACGGUACAAACACAGUUCUACAAUGGUACAGAGAAAUCUCAGGAAUUGCAAGUCCCCAACGUCAUGUCUUUUGCAAUACGAAGUGUAGUGGAGGUUGAGGUUCCAAACAACACAGUGUUUUACAACAUCAGUCUGAUAGGUUUACAGGAGGUGUACCAUGCCUUUACGGCCAACUUGGUAAGCGAUUGUGAAGACAACGACAUGACAAAGAUGCAUAUGCACAUUCCGUGGUUCAAGGAGGACGUUUAUAGUGUCUCCCAAGGAAGUGGAAGCGGUAAACUUUCGCUGCGUUUGCAAAGCGGAAAACUUGUUGACGAAAACACCAACGCAGAGCUCCGCCUCUAUCUGAACCCCAAGUGUAACUACAAGGUCCAAGUUUGGGUCAACUUUGCCGAAGUCUUAGGUCAGUUGAUAAGAUUCCACGGGAUUGUUAUACCUGCACUUGCAGUGACCAACAUCCUGAUGGUGUUGUCAUACCAGGUUAGGACCCUCGGUCGCGGGCAACCUUGCCCCUCGUUUUCCGAAGCACAGACGGCCUUCUGUCAGCCUUACAGGGUUGCGCCAUUGGUCAACCUCUUCUCGCUGUUGCUUAGCUACCAAGGUGCACGUCUGAUGUAUUUGUCUCUCGGCAUCCCUCUACCAGACUCAGAAGUCAUUAAGGCACAGGGAUCGUGGUUUAGACUCUUGCCUAUCCUUUUCUACCUAUUUGCCAGCGCCAUCUGUAGAAUGGUGUCGGCUGCACUGUUUGGGGGAGUGACCAUGAUAGGUCACUGCAUGGUCUGGUUCGGGAAGAAAACCGCCGAUCCGGAAGAGAUGGCGAGGAAAGCUCCCCACCCGGCGGCGCUGUUCGUCAUCUCCGGCGCCUUUCUAGCCGUGGCGAGCCAGUUUUCUGGCGCGCUCGCCUUCGCUCUUGUCCUAGCGUUGUACUUCGGUAAAACCUGUAGGUUAUACGCCAACACCAUCACCCUUAGGAACUGCUUGAAUCUUCAAAAUGACAAGAAAAAGCCUGGCCCUCUUGCAGAUGCAGAAGACACCUUCCACCUUCAGUACACAAUCCUGUACUUAAUCUGGUUCAUGUCAAUGCUGUACAUGCCUUCUGUUGUCUUCUGGGGAAAGAACCUCAACUUCGAGUACAGGCUACCCGCCGACCCUGCUCUGUACACCGCUGCUGCUAUGAGCGCGUGUUUCGCUUUCUUGUAUCCCUUGCAGGGAUGCUACCUCAGGAAGAAGAGAAGUGUUGUUUGGUUAUCCUGGCUUGUGUACGUCAGUGCAAUACUGGCUUGUAUGUACUCCAUGGUAGCUCUGUACAGGACACCGUACUUCAUACUUCUGGCUUUUGUCGUGGUUGCUUUCUGUCAGAGAAUGGCAUAAAAGUAGAGAAAUUGAUAAAAUAGAGGGUAUGAAGGCUUAUAAAGCAUAGUUCAUAUCCAUAUCUAGUUAUUACUAUAGGAUUUACCUGUCCUUGGAAUCCAGACCUGUAUCCUGGAAUUUGUAAAUUGUACAAUCCUGUACUAUUGUACAAUCUUGAUAUGGAU